UCAAAUGGUCAUGUGUAGAGUUCGUUUGGUUGUCAGUGUUCUCUAUAUAAAUGACCAAGCCAAACAAGAAGAUAAAGCAUCAGAAAACCUGAGGCAGGUACCUACAUUUUACCCAACAAAUUUGCAUGAAAUUAGCACUUUAAAUUGUUUUAGCCGAAAGUCUCUUAAAGAGUACAAAUAAAUUGCAUUAUUAGUUUAUACUUGGCAAGGUGAACAUGUAGUUAUUCAGGUGUUGUCUAGUUAUAUAGAAACCAAAAUAAUGACUACAUUUUUGUAUGAAAUUAUGUCUGAUUUACAGUGCCAUGACUGAGGAAUUCCAAGGCGUGAACUUCACACUCACAACGUUUAUUUUUGUUGGCUUCCCAGAGACUUUUGGAUACAGACACUUGCUUUUCCUGACAUUUGUACUCGCUUACAUUUUAGCUCUUGUUGGAAAUUCUUUAAUACUUUUUGUAAUCAAAAACACAACGAUACUUCACAGUCCAAUGUACAUACUUGUGUCUGCCUUAGCAGUGGUUGACAUCAUUGUACCUACUGCCAUUGUCCCAGCAAUGCUUCUGAGCUUUCUCUUUGACUUAAAUGAAAUAACUUUGGUUGGAUGUUUAACACAAAUGUUUUUCGUUCACUUCUUUUCCUCAGUAGAGUCUACUAUUCUUCUAGCAAUGGCUUUGGAUCGCUCUGUAGCAAUCUGUAAUCCACUUCGUUACACAGCAAUUAUGAACUCCUCUAUGUUUAUCAAACUGCUGCUUUUUACAUUAAUCAGGAGUGGAACAAUAAUGUGCACAUUGGUUGGUUUGGCUGCAUCUUUGUCUUUUUGUGGGUCAAAUAUUAUCCAUCAUUGUUACUGUGACCACAUGGCUCUUGUUAGCCUAGCCUGUAGUUCUACUGCAAAAAAUGCUGCAGUUGGGGUUGCUGUGAUUAUCUGUUUUGUUGGAAUUGAUAUAUCUGUCAUUUUUGUCUCUUAUGUGAAAAUCUUGUAUGUAGUGCUAAGGGCUGCAGCAGGUGAGCAAAGAUCAAAAGCAAUUCAUACUUGUAGUACUCACUUAAUUGUCAUGAUGUGUUUUUAUUUCAUAGGAAGUGUUACUUUUCUCUCACGAAAUCUUCAAAUUCCAAUUCCAGUUGAUAUUAAUACCUUUUUGGGUGUCACAUAUAUACUGUUUCCUGCAUGUAUCAAUCCAAUUAUCUAUGGUGUCCGAACUAAAGAGAUAAGGAAUGCACUCUUAAAAAUAUUCAAAAUGCAGGUAAAUAGAAUUUUCACUGUAAAGGUUUCAACUGUCAGGUUCUGAUGCUGUUUUAGUAAUAUCAUUAAUGAACUCAAUCAAAUGGACACAGUCUGUGUUUUUCCAGCAUUAAAUAUAAUUCAGAAUUACUGCAUGUAUGCCAUAUUAUCUUUCAAAACAUUUUUAAUACAGUAUAUUUUUCCUUGAUUCACUUUCAUGAUUUGUUAGUCUAUAUAUUUGCUAGUAAUAUAUUUCUAAUAAUGAUCAUAAUAAUAAGAAAGAUGAAAUUUCCAAAAUAUCUGAAACAUGCAUAUAUCCGAGAAGUUUUGGAUGUUGCAUAAGGGAUC